UAAGGUGUUUUAGUUUCUAGUAGUUUCUUGGAUUAAGUUUCCAUGGCGAUUCUUAUAAACUCAGUGUCUCCUAUAACACACUCAUCACCAGAAACUGCUAGAAAGGGUUGUGGGUUCUUUUCCCACAUCAGGGUCCAGACUUUUUUACUCAACAAAGGCUUUUCUAGAGUUUUGGCAUCAACCCAGAUUACCAUUUCUCCAAAGGACACUGUUUUCACUUUGCCCAAUUGGAGAAAUCCUAAGAAUGAUAGAAGAAGUAGAGAAGUUAGGCUAAUAGAUGCCUUUCAGCAUUUAGAGUCUAUGACAGGGAAGGGCCAAAAGCCUGAUGUGGGCCAAGCAACUCAGCUCUUGUAUGAUCUGUGCAAGGCGAGUAAGAUGAGGAAGGCGAUGAGAGUGAUGGAAAUGAUGGUUGCUUCAGGCAUUAUACCUGAUGCAGCUUCAUAUACCUUCUUGGUGAACUAUUUGUGUAAAAGAGGGAAUAUUGGGUAUGCAAUGCAGUUGGUUGAGAAGAUGGAGGAGUAUGGAUAUCCAACGAAUACUAUUACUUACAAUUCGCUUGUUAGAGGGCUUUGUGUGAGAGGUAACUUGAAUAAAAGCUUGCAGCUUUUGGAUAAGCUGAUACACAAGGGGCUUGUCCCGAAUGUUUAUACUUACUCUUUCUUGAUUGAAGCGGCUUACAAGGAAAGAGGGGUCAACGAAGCAAUGAAGCUCCUGGAGGAAAUCAUUGCUAAAGGUGGAAAGCCUAAUUUGGUUAGUUACAAUGUCUUGUUGACUGGUUUGUGUAAGGAAGGCAGGAGUGAUGAGGCAAUGAAGUUCUUUAGGAGUUUGCCUUCGAUGGGACUCAGACCAAAUGUUGUGAGCUAUAACAUUGUACUGAGGAGCUUGUGUUAUGAAGGUAGGUGGGAAGAGGCGAAUGUGCUUUUAGCUGAGAUGGAUGGUGAGGAUCGGAUACCCUCCGUAGCUACGUAUAACAUCUUAAUCGGUUCUCUUUCUCUUCAUGGUAGAACAGAACAUGCGCUUGAAGUUUUGGAUGAAAUGGCAAAGAGUCGGUUCAAGCCUACUGCUGCAAGCUACAAUCCGAUAAUCGCUCGUCUCUGCAAAGAGGGGAAAGUGGAUCAUGUGGUUAAGUGUCUAGAUCAAAUGAUAUUCCAGCGAUGUAAUCGUAAUGAGGGAACAUUCAAUGCUAUUGCUGUGCUAUGUGAGCAAGGGAAGGUGCAACAAGCAUACUCUAUCAUCCAAAGCCUCGGGAAUAAACAGAAGUGCUCCACAACUGAGUUUUACAGAAACGUAAUCACAAGCUUGUGCAGGAAAGGAAAUACAUAUCCAGCAUUGCAGAUUUUAUAUGAAAUGACCAAGUAUCGUUUCACUCCAGAUUCUUAUACCUAUUCAUCUUUGAUCAGAGGGUUAUGUUUGGAGGGUAUGUUAAAUGAAGCAGUGGAGAUUUUCAAGGUCAUGGAGGAAAACAACCAAAGGCCUGAUACUGAGAAUUUCAAUGCCCUUUUACUCGGAAUUUGCAAAUGUCGAAGAACAGAUCUCGCCUUGCAGGUUUUUGAGAUGAUGAUUGAGAAAGGGCGAAUGCCUAAUGAAAUGACAUAUACCAUUCUCGUGGAAGGGCUUGCGCAUGAAAAGGAAAUGGAGCUGGCAACCGAAGUUUUGAGAGAGUUGCAGGGCAGACGGGUUAUGAGUCCAAAUACAGUGGAAAGACUAGUUAUGCAGUAUGACCUUGAGGAAAUACCACUGUAA